UGUUACCUAUCAGAUAUGUCAUUUAGAUAUUAAAGUGACUUCAGCAUUUUUUUUUUCCUUGCGCAAUGUCAUUUUUCACAACCAGGCUAUGUGUGCAUUUAAACUCAUCUGUUGUGGUUACAGCGGUGUGUGGCAGCUUGUUAACCGAAAAACAUUUUCACAUGAAGAAACCCAACAUUUAGAGGAAACACAAACAAUUAUAGCAGUAAAUGUGAGACAUCUGGUCAUGCCAGUUCUAUCUUUUUUUUUUUAUGUUUAUUGUAUAUAAAAACAGUUUUCAGUCUUGAUUUCCAUGUAGGAAAACUUUAUUAUAAACCCCAACAUGCAUGAUGAGGUCGUAAGUUUGCCAUCCAUCCCCAAUCCCAGUGAUAAAGAGCCCUUCUGUGUGGAGUGGGACACCAUGAAUUGUCCCCCUGUAGCUUAAGUGCUUCUUCGCAGCCAGAGAUGGAGCAGGAAGUGCAGCUUGGGCGUCUCUGCACUCGUCUCAUCAAUGCAGCUUUCAUUCUCCCUCGGUGGGGCAAGAUGGAGGCUGUACAAAAGGACUACUGGUACUUCGUGGUACUCCUCUUUCUCCCUUUUCUUAAAGUUGCUGUCCAGCAGACAGAUGUCGAAAUAGUGCGGCUGGAGGAAGGGAUGACGCUGCACUGUUUGUGUCCCUGGGAUGGCCAGCUCAGCAUGGUGUCGUGGACCAAAUUGCCAGACAAAAAUCCCAUUGCAGUGUUUCAUCCAGAGUUUGGAGUCUCCUUCUCUUAUCCGUACCGAGAGAGAAUAGAGUUCCUGAAGACAACAACUAUGGAUGGAAGCAUAUCCAUGAAGAACGUCACACAUCAGGAUAUUGGGCUCUAUCACUGUUCUGUCCAGACUUUCCCUCAGGGACCCUGGACCAGGAACAUUCAGGUGGAGGAUUUAGAUGAGCCACCAGAAGAUAACAACAGCACAGAGCCCUCUUCCCUAGAGGACAUCAUGGUAGACACGGAGCUUGUGGCCGAGCAGAGCAACAACCUGACCAUCAGUUGCAAGCACCCACACAACGGAACCAUCGACCAGGUCAUUUUGGAGAAGAUGCUGGACGGCCAUCCCUGGGUCAUCAUCGGCAUCUGUAAAAAGGUGGAAGGGGGUCUUGUGGGCGAGGACUACAGCGACAGGGGCAGAGUGAACUGUGCCGACAGCCUGGAUCUCAGUCUGCACCUGACUGAUGUCUCACCAGAAGACAGCGGUUUCUAUCGCUGCACCUUUAAUACAGAUGUUGGAGUGCAGACCACCGUUGUGCAGCUCAAAGUAGCACCUCCAGGUGGAGUGAGUCUCUCCCUAUACAUGAUGUAUAUUUACAUCGGAGCUGGAGCUGCUGGAUUUGUUCUAUUAACAUCCUUCCUCAUACUUGCAAUGAGGCUCAGGAAGAAAACCCAAAGGGAGCAGUACCGAGUCAAACUGCACCCCACUCAGAGACAGCCGAACAUCUAUGAAAACGUCCCUCUGUGUCCCAGCAUUGUGAAGAAGUCCAGGAAGACUAAAAGCAUCCCGAUCUAUGCCAACCUGCCGGCCAGGCGCUCGCUCCAAACCACACACCAACUUCAGGAUAAAAAAAGAAAAGGCAUGCUGUAACUCCGUCGCUUUCUCACAUCUGUCAGCAUGCUCUCAGCUAUUCACACCCUAUUCACUGUACAUCAGAGCGUGGAUAAAUAAAUGUCAGCAAGCGCAGACUGUAAUUAUCAAUUUGAGUUUUUAAUCAGAUGCAGGGAUCACACCGCCACUGUUUAAUAUUCACACGGCGGCUUGAAAUGAGUUAACAAGCCGGUGCUCAUCUUGGAGUCAGAAAGCUGACAGGGGCUGUUUGGGACCAGCCUUGCUUCCCCCUAAUUAAAUGUACUAUGUAAUUAUUGUUGAGGGGAUGUUUGCUUUUUCGACAAAACAAUAUUUGACAGUAACCAUCAUGCAGAGGAGAAAGACAAAAGCCGGUAUAAUCAUUCUUUUCUCUUCUCUAACCCCCUCCAAGUAAAACGAUUGACAAAAGCCUGUGUAAUUGCCCUCUUUUCACUUUCAUCCCUCCUGGUUUCCAUUCAAAGCUUGACAAUAGUGUCUAAUCAUCUAACGGAGAAGAAAAGCAGUCACUCAGCAAUGUACCACCACUUGAGACUGCUUGUUUUCCCCCCAACAGGCUUUCUGACUGCAUUCUAGUUGCAGCACGUCCUCAGCGUGAAAGCUGAACUCUAAUUAGUAAAACCUGGGCUGCAGUUUAUACCUCCUUUUACUCUCUCUGACUGCUUUUUGAUGAAUAUCUGUGAUCAUUUUUUUCCUCCUUUGGUUUAAGAAAUGUAAAAAAAGAUGAACUGUCAAAUGUUUUUUUCCCCCUUUGAUAUUUAUUCUUUUUGUUUUUCCUGAGUUUGAAUUUGUAAAUCAAUAUUUGCAGUUUAUGGCAGCUGCUGUAAAAUUAAACUCUGUGCUGUUUGUGUAAUUUAAUUCAUUUAUCUCCAUAGAAAUGGAGGCAGUGGCAGAGGGAGUAAUGGACAAGCGGGCUAUUCCGCUAGGAAACAAGACAAAUGUGGAACAUAAAGGGACAUUAUAGUUUUGGGUUCGUGAGUUUUAUUUUUUUUUUGUUGUUUCCCCUUUGCACUGUUCCUGAAGAAACUGUGCACAUGUGCAUUUUACUGUGAUACUUGAGAUUUUCUGUUUUUAACGAGCUGUGUUGAAACUAAGAGUUAUGACUGUUAAAGACAGAAAUAAAACAAUAUCUAUA